GGGACCAGUUCCGCAAGAAAAUGCCACACCAGGUGGAGUGGUUGCGGCGCCACCAAGAAAAGGCCAUAUAUGUUUAGUGACCAACUGAUGUUUUUCCGUGAGGUCAUGGAGCUGCGUCCAACGGAGGACAACAUACAGGAGGAGUCUGCACCAUAUAUGUCAAGUGCUUGUGAGGAAGAAACUCCCUCUGGUCCAGCACAGGUGGACACUGCACCAGGACCAAGCACGGCACCAUCCAGGCCACCACCUGUUUCGGGAGCAGAUUCCCCCCCCACCCCUUUGGCUGUACCCAGCAGGCCCAGACGACGGGCAAUGGCUCCUAGUGAGGCUAACAUAAAUACUCAGGUUCUUGAUUAUUUAUCGAGAGCCCGGCAGGAGGAUGAGUUUGACCUUUAUGCCCGUAGCCUGGCCUCGUAUUUGUGCCGGAUGCCUCCAGAACGAGUAUUGAGAACACAAUCAGCUCUCAAUAUCAUUCUGGAUACAGCCACUCCCCCCCAACAACAUGACCGACAUUUACUGGGCCCUAGAAAAUUGGCGCCUCAAUGCGAACUUGUAUGGCCCCCAGCAAAUGCAAUUUUCCCAGGCCUCACAGCCUCCACCACCGCCUCCUCCACAAUUCCACCCUCCAAGGGGACAUUAUGGGCCACCUACCCGCCCAUAUGGCCCACAUUAUAAUGUCGGCAUAUGGUCAGUCUGCACCCAUCACAUCUCAACCUGGCCCAUCGGAGUACUCGAGCCCCUCUUCCCAACCAGCCUACCCUGGCCCACAGUUUUAGGCCCCACCCUCGC